UUGAUGAGUGUACAGUGACGGGCAAAAUUCAUGCCGUAACAUUUAAAAACAUCGAUUAUUUCCCUGAAAUUAUUGGAAUAGUUUAUGUUGAUAUAAUGAAUUUAAUUGAUUGUGUCUAUGACUAAUAUGUGAAUUAGUGGCAAGGAUAAUAAUGGCUGAGUUUUCUUGACAUCGAACAUGUGUAGUGUAUUAGGUGACAAAAUUUAACAAAUAAUGGCUGUGUUCUCGCUUCUUGGGAGUAAAGCUAUUUUAGCCAUUUGCAACUUUUUACUGCUGGCUUGUGGUUUUCUCCUGAUCACAGGAGGAAUGCUGGUCUUAUCAGACCAAGAAAAAAUCUUGCUCUCUCGGUUAUUAACCUCAGGCCCACUAUCAAACAUGCCUCAACCUUUUCUUUAUUACGUAGGAAUUGGUUUAGCUGCCGUAGGUUUAAUUCUGACAUCGACGGGUAUUUUAGGAUGUUGGGCCUCUUGCAUGCACAAUUACUACCUACUGACAUCGUACUUCCUGAUCAUAAUGGUCGUCCUCGUGGGUGAAUGCGCCGUUUAUGCAAUAGCUUGGGCUUGGCCUAAUUGUCUAGGUUUGGAAGUGGAUCCCGAAGACUUAACCAAAAGUUUACAAAGAAAUUACGGUAACGUCGAACAAGUUCAGUUCACGGCUGCUAUCGAUCUAGCGCAAACUUUAUUUAAUUGUUGCGGAGUUGAAUCUGCUAAUGAAUAUGAUACUUCGUUGUGGCGUUUGCAAGGUUUAGGGGCGAAUCUAGCAAUUCCGCGAAGUUGUUGCAAGUUGGAAAAUAAUAACGAUAGGAAAGGAUAUUUGGACCCUAAACCGACAAAUCUGACAUUGUGCCAAGCACUCGAAUCCAACAGACAUGAAGAAUACAGACAUUUAGAAGGCUGCAACGAUGGUCUUCAGCAGUGGUAUCGCCAACAUUAUUUAGUUUUUCUAGGAAUAGGACUAGUAGCUGUACUAGUAGAGUUUCUAGUUCUGCUAAGUACUAUCUUGAUGUGCACAAGAAUAUACAAACACAAUCAAGAAGUCAAAGAAGAUGCCAAAAAAAUUAGUGCCGAACCAAAGACUGGGGUCACUUCUUCUAUACAAACUUUCCAAAGGAGGUCUCCCACAAAUGCAUACAGUAAUGAAACUUAUGCAAUGACUAAUAGUUUCCGGCAGAACUACAAAUUGGUGGAUCGAGUAUGAUGGUGGAUUAAAGGCUUUGUUUUUCCAAACAAUGCCCGUGUUUAUGAUUUACGCAACGUUGAAAUUGAGUCAAUGUUGUGGUAACUUUUGCCGAUUUUAAAAGUAAUUUGAUAUUGAUAAACUAUAGUCUAGGUUAAAAUUAGGGAUAUUUAUAUAUUUUUGAAAUAAAUUUUUACAUUCUUA